AUGUCAGCCAUCGAGCUCAUCAACCCUAGAGCCGAGUCCGUUCGUCGGACUCAGGCUCUUCAAGUCAACACUGCCGGUGCCAUCGGCCUCGCACAGGUGGUCCGAUCCAAUCUUGGUCCUCGCGGCACCAUCAAGAUGCUCGUCGAUGGCUCGGGUAACCUCAAGAUGACCAAGGACGGCAAGGUACUCCUCACCGAAAUGCAGAUCCAGAACCCGACCGCUGCCAUGAUCGCCCGAACCGCCGUCGCGCAGGAUGAACAGUGUGGCGAUGGCACCACCUCGGUCGUUCUUCUCGUCGGUGAGCUGCUCAAGCAGGCCGAGCGAUACAUUCAGGAAGGCGUCCACCCUCGUGUCAUCAGCGAAGGCUUUGAUGUAGCCAAGACGGGAGCACUCAAGUUUCUCGAAGAGUUCAAAAGGACCUCCGAGAUGGACCGUGCUACACUGAUCAAGGUCGCCACCACCUCUCUCUCCACCAAGCUGCACGCUAAACUGGCAACACAGCUCGCAGCCGACAUUGUAGAUGCAGUGCUCGCCAUCAAGCCCUCCACCACCUCAACCAUCGAAGCACCCGCGCCCACAGCAGACGGCAGCAGUGAGAGUGUCUCUGAGUGGAACAUCAAGGAUCCCAUCGACUUGCACAUGGUCGAGAUCAUGAAGAUGCAGCACAAGACCGAGACAGAUACUCAGCUCGUCCGCGGUCUCGUGCUCGAUCAUGGUGCGCGUCAUGCCGACAUGCCUAAGCGUGUCGAAAACGCUUACGUCCUCACUCUCAACGUUUCGCUCGAGUAUGAAAAGACCGAGGUCAACUCCGGCUUCUUCUAUUCUUCCGCAGAGCAGCGCGAAAAGCUCGUCGAGAGCGAGCGCCGAUUUGUCGAUGCCAAGCUGAAAAAGAUUGUCGAGCUCAAACAGGCUGUUUGCGACGCACCUACCGAGGCAAGCAACGAGAAGAAGAAGAACUUUGUCAUUUUCAAUCAGAAGGGGAUCGACCCCAUGUCGCUCGACAUUCUCGCCAAGAACGGUAUUCUGGCGCUACGAAGGGCCAAGAGGAGAAACAUGGAGCGCCUGCAACUCUGCUGUGGAGGUGUUGCGCAAAAUUCGGUCGACGAUCUCAGCCCCGAUGUGCUUGGUUACGCAGGUCUCGUUUACGAGCACACGUUGGGCGAGGAGAAGUAUACGUUUGUCGAGGAAUGCAGGGACCCCAAGUCGGUGACCAUCCUGAUUAAGGGACCCAACGCACACACCAUGUCGCAGAUCCAGGACGCAGUUCGCGAUGGUCUGCGCUCGGUCAAGAAUGCCAUCGAGGACACAACGCUGAUCGCCGGUGGUGGAGCAUUCGAGAUCUCGGCAUGCCAAUACUUGACCACGGAGGUCAAGAAGUCAGCCAAGGGACGCGCCAAGUUGGGCGUACAGGCGUUUGCAGAUGCCAUGCUGGUGAUUCCCAAGACUCUGGCCUCGAAUUCGGGCUUCGAUGUGCAGGACUGCCUGGUAGCUUUGCAAGAUGAGGCGGCUGAGGGUAACGUGGUCGGGCUCGACGUCCAGACGGGCGAGCCGAUGGACCCAAUCAGCCAGGGAAUCUGGGACAAUUACCGUGUCAAGAGACAUAUGUUGCACAGCUCGGCCGUUAUCGCUUCUAACUUGCUUAGCGUCGACGAGAUCCUGCGUGCUGGAAGGAGCAGUCUGAAGAGCGAAGGCCCGAUGGGUUAG